AUGGCAUUCGCGUGGAAAGCCGCAGGGCUCACCUACAACCGCUACUUGGCCGUCGCCGCCCGCGUCGUCCGUCGAUCCUUGAAGGAAGAGAAACGUCUACAAGCCGAGCGGAGAGGGGAUAUGGAUCUGCGAUUCGCGAAGUGGGAGAACGGAAAGCAAGGCGACAUGGCAUCGCUCGCCAAGGCGAAUGCAUCGGCAAUGGCAGAGCAUGCCGCU